CGCAAAGGCGCACGUUCUGGGAAGCUCCUCUGCUGCGGUGCCGCUCCAGAAGGCCUGCUUGGUUUAAAUCGCCUGGAGACCCGUGCCACGCCUCCCCUGCCGUUUCCAAAGGCUCGGCAUCGGAGUGUGGCUUUCCAAAGCCCUGAGCCGCUGCCGGGGCACAGCGGCAGCAGGACAUCCCACGCCUUCCCCAGCCAGCGCCCGCGGGAGAAAUGAGCGCCUGCCCGCCCCUGGCAGAGAAAGCCCUCUCGGAGGCCUAUGCCCGCCUUCGUUACAGGGACACUUCCUUACUUAUCUGGCAGCAGCAGCAGCAGACGCUGGAGUCUCUCCCGCCUGGAACUUACCUGAGUCGGAGCCGCAGCAUGUGGUACUCGCAAUACGGCAACCAGGCGAUCCUGGUGCGAGACAAGGACAAACUGGACGUUUCCAGGGACACGGGGCAGUCCAAGUUCUGCUCGGUCAUGUAAUUUCAGCACAAAGGCUAAGAAAGGGACAUAGUUCAGUGGGUGCACCAGAACAGUGUCAAAAAGUGGUUUUAAGAUGGUUUUAAGACAGGAUUUCGAUUGCCUUCUUGGUUAGUUCUGAACAUUUCCAGAAUUAUUUGGGAUUUUUUUCCCUUCAAUUUGGCCGGGGCACUGUGCAGCCCUGCUGCGCAGAGACGGACAGCUUCGUUCAAAGUCUUUCUCCUCGGCAGCUUCAAAAUAGGAGGCCAGUCGGACCAAGAAGGAUGCCCAUUUCCAAGGUUAUGCUGAAGUGCUUGCUGGAGUUACUAAGCCCGUGUGUGCGUGUGCUGAAUUUUGCAAUGUCAGGUGGCUGUUGUUGGAAAAUAAAGGGGCUG